AGUCCAGGGAUGUCCAGCCCAGGCGGAGCGCAAUGGGCUGACGUGGACCUUCUAGGCCCAGCUAGUCGGCUGUCGUCGUCCCCGGCGGCCCUGACAAGGAAGCUCGGCGCCCUCCCUGGCGGCCAUGAUCCUCCCCUCCCCUCCCCUCCCCUCCCCUCCCUCUGGCUCUGGCCUCUGCCCAUCUCCCACACCGGCGACGCUCUCCCUCUCCCUCUCCCUCUCCCUCAGCAUUCUGCUAUACCAGCGGCAUCUCGGUUCCCUUGACAAGAAGAAUCAAAGUACUUAUCUCACAAGAAGCUCAUCAAAGAACAAAAGAAUGGAUGAUCUUACAGGAAGCUCAAAGAAGAAUAAAAGGACUUCUCUCUCAAGAAGGCCAGCAAAGAACAAAAGAAUUUGCAAAGAAGGAGAGACAACUGAGUUACUGAUUUCAGAUCAAGAUGUCUUGAGUGAGCUGAGUCCGGAAGUUGCAUCAAAUUUGUCUAGAAGCGUUGUCUCACUUUCUCUGUCCCAUGAAAACAAGGUGUUGUUUGCAUGCUCGGGCAUACCUGUACAGCUUGGGGGGCCUGUUUCAGGGUUUCUGACUUCAGCAAGUUUGGUUAAAGCUUUCAAUGAUAAAAGAACAGACCAUGGUAACUUGAAGAUUGAAGUGCGCCAUGAACACAACCUUGUCACAGGGUUUUUGGGACAAUAUGAUUUAGAUCGUGACAUUGCUGUUGUCAACGUCAAGAACUUCCCUGGUCUUUCUCCCAUAGUUUUCCGGAGUCGUACAUCAUUUCCACCCCAUACUAAUGCAGUAGCUCUAGGCUGUGGCAGCGAUGGCAAGUUAAUCACCAAAAGUGGGAUACUGAAUUUUGAUCCAAGCGGAGAUUUCCUAUCACGUAUGCUAUCCACUUGUAAAAUCACUGAGGUUUGUGAAGGUGGUCCACUUUUUGAUUUUGAUGGGGGCUUUCUUGGCAUGAACCUUUCCUCCUGUGCAGAAGGAACCUUUUGCCUGCCAUCAAUUACAGUUCUUGAUCAGUGGUGGCAUUGUAUGUGUCUGGGAGAUAUUAGAUUUCCUCUACUCUUAAAUUCUUCUAAGGAAGUGAGGGUUCGAGGAAGUUCCAGUGAUGAGGUGUCUAAUUAUCAUAAAGUAUAUAGGGAUGCGCUUAACAAAGAUGAACUUGAGGGUCUGGAAUCCCUGGGCUAUCCUGAGCCUCCAAAAUCAAUGUUACCUGAUGGCAUUGUUUUGGCCUAUACUUUUGAAGAACCAUUUGGCGACAUAUAUGAUAAAGGUGUCUGGAGUGAACUUAGGGGAAUGGCUGCCACUAACAUACAAGAAAAUAUCGUUGCACUUGCUUCAUUCAAUGGGAAAAAAAGGUUUUUUGCUUGCACAGGUUGUUUUAUUGAAUGGAAUGGCUGUACCACUAUUCUGACUGCAGCGAGCUUGAUUAGAGAUACUUUUUUUGAAUACGAUAUUGUUAAAAACUUGAGGAUUGAAGUGGUGCUUCCAAGCAAGGACCGUGUAGAUGGGAUAUUGCAACAUUAUAAUUUACAUUACAAUAUUGCUUUAGUCAAUGUCAAUGGUUACUGUCCUAGCCAACCAGUAAAAAUUCAACAUCGGGGCCGAGAAAUAUGUGAUGUAGUAGCUGUAGGCCGUAUCUUCGAAUCUGGUGAAUUAAUGGCUUCAAGAGGGAGAGAGGUGUGCUUGGUGGGCACCCAUGAUUGUGGAUAUCUUGAACACUCUAACUGUAUAAUCACUAAGGCUGGUAUUGGAGGACCCCUUCUUGAUUUUGAUGGGAAAUUUGUUGGCAUGAACUUCUACGGCAACAGAGGAAAUCCGUUCCUAUCAUGGCCUGAGAUUCUUCAUGUCCUGGGAUAUUUUGAGAAAAAAAGACUGUUACUGAAGCUGGCUAUGAUGGUUAUGCAUCUCGUAAGCUUGAUGACUGGACUAUUGCUGGAGAUAUCAGUGACAAGUUUAAUAGUUGGGACGUGCCCAAGCCAUAUUGGUGUCGCCCUGAUAAACUGAGAAGACAUGUAUACAAAGUACGAACCAAUUGUUGGGCCAAUCGCUCCACAGAACCAUAGCUCCGGUGAGCUACUGAGCCACAGCUUCAGCAGUAGCUGCAACGAGCAUGCCGGGUGAACGGAGUGACGACAUUGAAUGGCUUUCUUAAUAGCUUAUCUGAUGACCUGUCUGGGUUGUGCCCGGUUUCUUAAGUUAUGAUAGGGUACUGUGCUUUGUCUCGUAAACCAUUACUUACUUUUUAGUAUAGGAGUGGUGUUAGUUGUGUAACUAUACUUGCUCUAUUCAUAAUCAAACAUUUAGGUCUGUCAUGCAUAAUUUAAUGAUGAGGCCAUUUGUCUAGAAUCAUUUGUGGAGUACCAUUCAAAUA